AGACCACCACUGCUCAGACCAGUCUCAGACACAUCGUCUCUUCAUUCAUCUCUCAACUAUUCUCCUCAACCAUGGACAUCACUCCAGGGGUCUCAGACCUGAGCGUGGAGACGCUCUCCUACGACGACACUACGCCAUAUGACCAGCUCCCUCCUCCACCGCCCAUUGAACCUGGUCGCGCUCAGCUCGCCGACCGCAUCGGCAACACAAAGGUAUAUCUGCUCUCUGAAACUACGGGGACGCGGCUAGGAAAGCGAAGACACGAGGAUGCUGAGGAGGGAGGAGACCCGGAGGGAGACAUAGAGAUGGAAGAAGAAUCGCAGUACAGAGACAAUGCCAUUCUGCUGAGAGGCACGCCGAUCUCGCAUCUGCCGACACAAAGCAUAUUCGCCUACUCCACCCACUUCGACUCGCGCCCAAUGGCACUUGAAUGGAUUGACGACACGACGUGCAUCCUCGUCUUCCCUUCGAAAGCCGCAGCGCGGUCCGCCCAUCGUCUAUUGACGAAGUCCAUCGCGGAAGAGCCGUCCCUCGAGGAUGGCUCUGUCACCGCAAAACCCAUCCCUAUCACGCUCUGGCCACCCGAAGACAGGAUCAACAAGAGUCUCGGGAAGAGCGAAGGGCUCAAGGGCGUUAUCCGCAUGCGAUGGGCCCUGCGGCAGGACGUGAAGAAGCGCGGGGCAAAAAGCGAGAGCGAGUUCUACAAGAAGUAUGGGGAGAAGGCCGGGAAGGUCGGCCGGGACGCUGAGGACGAGGACGGAGACGAGGGGCGGCAGCGGAAACGGCGGAGGGGCGGGGAAGUGGAGGAUCGGUUGGAGAAGGGGAGGCUGGACGAAGAGCUGGAUUCGUUCCUGUCCAAGGGGGAACGACCUGCGAGCCCUCCGUCGAGGAUGCGCUCCGACCACAUAAGGUCGAAUGGGAAGUCGCUCCUGGAGCGCACGUCCGCGGCGCCCACACGGUCGCUCGCGGACCGUCUCAUCGCCAAUCUCCCUCGACGUGCGCGUUCCCCGCGGCGUGAUAGACGUGGUGGGCAUGAGGAGAGGACGGAGAGGGAACGAGGAACACCACGGCCACGGAAGACGCAGCAAGAGCUUGAUGCGGAACUCGACGCAUUCUUAGACUCGAGAGGUUGAUCUACAGCCUACUUACACGCUAAAUUAUCCCAUUGUUCCUUAUUUUAUCCCCCCCCCCCCAGUUCAGUCUUCCCUGAUGUGACUCCAUUUUGUAUCAAGUUGUACGACGCACGACCAUCCUGACCUCUGUAUCGAAAGCUACCACGCACUAAAGUAUGUCGCCGAGCCUGUCAUACUACAUGGUGUUGACCUGCGGCA